CUGUCUGCCUAUUUCAUUACUACCUCCUCACCAAUAUUUUCCAAUUCAAAACCACAAAAGAACAUCUCUUUAAUUGGAUAAAUCAGAGAAUCACAAGACUUAAACAACAUAACCCAUGGAGUAAUUAAACGACCGGAACGAAAUAUCUCUGAGGCAGAGCUUUGCAGUCUUUCUCCCACACUGAACACAUAUUCUCACACUCUCAGCCUCUGCUCAGGAACCUUUACCUUCUAGACUGCAAAGCUCUUAGCUGUCUGUCCAAUCAGAAUCCUUCCUCUAAAUCUGUCAGUAUGUCUCAGCUUCAGUUCCAGUCUCCUAGCAACCCCAUGGCCAGUCCUGCCCCUCUGCAGAUGGCCCUGCCUCAGCCAGGGUUCAGCAUCCCAUGUAAUUCGGCCUCCUUGCCAUCGGAGAGCGCCAGUCACCCUCUCCGGAGCUCUGCCCUGCCCUCAGCCUCGGCCACCCCCUUCUGUAACCCCACAGUAUCUAACAUGGCAAACCCUAAAGAGAAGACGCCCAUGUGUCUGGUGAAUGAGUUAGCCCGUUACAAUAAGAUCCAACCUGAAUAUCAGCUGCUCAGUGAGCAAGGACCAGCCCACUCUAAGAUUUUCUCAGUGCGGUUAACUUUAGGGGAUCAGCAUUGGGACGCUGAAGGGUCCAGUAUAAAGAAAGCCCAGCACUCUGCUGCUGCCUGUGCUCUUGCCCAGACAACGCUGCCCAAGCCCAGUGUGAGGAGCCCACGCCACCCAGGCAAGAACCAGGGUGGACUCCACAAGAGUGUCGACUACAGUAUGACCCACACUGUGGAACUGAAUGCACUUUGUACAAAACUGGGGAAAAAGCCCAUCUAUAAACCUAUAGAGCCACACCCGGCCAUGAGACCAGCCUUCAACUACAACGUCAGAGCUCCUGGACCCUACACGCGCUCCAUACAGCAGUAUUACUACCCGUUCCCUCCGGUUGGGCCAGUGCUGUACCACAUGGAGCUGUCCAUCGGGGGGCAGCAGUUUCACGGCAGGGGACGCACGCGGCAGGCCGCCAAACACGACGCAGCCGCCAAGGCCCUGAAAACCCUGCAGAAGGACCCUGUUCUGCAGCAGCUAAACGAGGUGAAAGAGGAGACUGCGGAGGAAAAUCUCAACAAAUCAGAAAUCAGCCAAGUGUUUGAGAUCGCGUUGAAGCGGAACAUGCCUGUGAACUUCGAGGUGCUCAAGGAAACGGGUCCGCCCCACAUGAAAAGCUUCGUGGUGCGGGUGACGGUGGGCGAGUUUUCGGGCGAGGGCGAGGGAAAGAGUAAGAAGACGGCCAAAAAGCUGGCGGCCGUGGCCGUGCUGGGGGAGCUGCGCAGGCUGCCCCAUCUCCCCGCCGCCGACAGGACGCCCCAACGCAUCAAAAAGAAAACCAAGUCCAUCAUCAAGCUGCAGACCAGUCCUGAGUACGGCCAAGGGAUGAACCCCAUCAGUCGACUCGCUCAGAUCCAGCAGGCGAAGAAAGAGAAGGAGCCGGAGUACAGCCUGGUGACGGAGAGAGGCCUGCCUCGCCGCAGAGAGUUUGUCAUGCAGGUGACAGUUUGUGGACAGAGUGCAGAAGGAAUGGGUCCGAGUAAGAAGGUGGCCAAGCGAAAUGCAGCGGAGAAAAUGUUGGAACUGUUAGGCUUUAAAGUGCCUCAGCCCCAGCCCCCCAAACCAGCUCUUAAAACCGACGAUAAGCCGCCUCUGAAGAAAAGCGGGGAUGGCAGAAAAGUCACUUUCUUUGAGCCCAGCUCUGUGGAGGAGGGGAGUCUGGUGCCAAAGGAAGAGGACUUCCGCAUGCCCUAUCUCAGUCACCAGCAGCUCCCAGCAGGCAUCCUGCCCAUGGUCCCUGAGGUGGCCCAAGCUGUGGGUGCCAACCAGGGGCCUCACUCCAGGGACCAUGUCCGUCCCUCCGCGCCCACUGCCGCCAACGCCACCCUCACGGCCAUGAUAGCCAAUGAGCUGCUGUACGCGGGCACGUCGCCCACGGCGGAGACCAUCCUGAAGAACAGACAGAGUGUGGCACAUAGACCCCAUGGGCCCUUCACACGCCCCUCAGAACAGCUUAGCUAUCUGGCCUCAGUCCAGGGACUGCAGGUGGAAUAUAAAGACUUCCCCAAAAACAAUAAGAAUGAGUUUGUGUCUCUGAUCAACUGCUCGUCCCAGCCACCGCUCAUCAGCCACGGCAUCGGGAAGGACGUGGAGUCCUGCCACGACAUGGCAGCGCUGAACGUACUGAAGCUGCUCUCUGAAUUUGACCAACAGCCAGCCGACCGGACGGCCAAUGGACCAAUCACAGGAUGUGGCAAACAGGAUGUGGAAGGAGACUCUUUACUCAAACCGGCUAACUCAAGCACCAGUGGAAAACCUCUGGAUGGCACAGUGUAGUUCAACAUAUGAUUGGUCGUCCCAUACCAGAAACACUAGAGGAAAGUCGGAUACAGAAUUAUGAUUGGCUGCUAUUUCUGGCUUUGACAAGCCCUAGUUUUGCAGUAUUUAAACCAUCGCUAGACGUCGUCACCUAUUCACAGUUAAACAAGAUUGACCGAGAUGUCGAGAUUUUUCUCCUUGAUGUUGUUUAAUUGUAAACAUUCUUUUGUUUUGUUUUUUGUUUUUUCAAAAAACUUUCUUUACUUCAUGGCUCUAAAAAAUAUUUGCUUCCUCAUAUCCAGUGAUGUGGCAGUUUAUUCUUUAUUGAAUGGUGAAAUGAUAAAUGUGAAGUUUCAUUU